GGGCUAGCUUUCACGAGUAUGGCUACACUUCCAAAUGACGAUCGGGAAAAAAUUCAUUUGCGUCGAAAUUAACGCUGAAGCAACUUCGGAAAGGCCACUGUGGUAAAACCCAAACGUAAUUCUUCAAGUGUCAUUGCAACGCAAAAAAGGGGAAAAAAUGUUGAACAAGUGCUGUUUCAUGCGACUCCAUACCGCUGGUAUGGUGAUUGGCUGGGUAGGCAUUGUGGGCUCCUUCAUCUCGGUAAUUGUACUUUCCGUCGUGCUUGCCAAUGUGGACGAACUGGUCAAAGCCAUAGUGGACCAUGAUCCGAAUGUUAACGGCGCUGGAAUUCGCACCGGAGUUGUUGUUUUUUGCUCUAUCGCGUUGGCAUUUGCCAUUAUCAAUCUGUUGUCUUCAACGAUGCUCGUCGUGGGUACUGUAAAGGAGCGUCAUUUAAUGUUGGUGCCUUGGCUAGUAAACUCUGGUGCGGCCCUAUUCUUUAGUGUGAUCCAAAAUAUCACAGUUUGGAUCAUGAUGAUAUCGAAUAGCGCCCCAGUGAGCGAAAUAUUACCAUAUUUUCUUUUCGCUGGCCUAGCUCUGGCUUUCCAGUUCUAUAUCUACUAUGGAAUCUAUUCACUCUUCAAGCACAUCCAAGCCGGUGGCGAUCAACAGAGCCCUCUGAUUCGUCCAGUUCCACAGCAAUCGGGCACCACUUAUCCCAGCUAUACAAAAAUGUAAUCCAUGUUUCGUGAUUAGUAGUCGCAUUGCGUGCUACCAGCAUUAUAUACUAAAAUUGUUACGAGUGCUUAAAACUCGACCGAUAUUGUGUUUAGCGAUUAUUUUGAAUUUUUUAUGUACGUAUUUAAAAUAACGGCUCAUUAUCUGUAUUUACUCAGCCAGUGACAAACAAUAUAUAUUUUCUUUAUAUACAUAAUAUCUAUAAACAAUAAAUAUAACCCCUGAAAAAAUAUAA